AUGGAUGAUAUGUUUACCAUUGAACUUCAUCAUGGGGGUAUAUUUGAGAAAUCACCCCUUAUGACAUACUUAAGAGGAAAUAUAACUAAAUUUGAAAAGAUAGACCCUGACAUAAUGUCAUAUCUUGAGGUUCAAAAGAUGGCAACUGGAUUGGGGUAUGGGGUGAUCAGUGAAGUGUUCUACAAAGUACCUUAUGAGUGGCAACAAUUUAGAGAAAUGAAGUGUGAUUUAAAUGUGUUUAGGAUGUUUUAUGACCAUGAAGCUUAUGGAAAAAUGUCUGUUGUGAAAUUAUACAUUGUUGCACCUUUGUUGAAUGGGACAAAGAAUGAGGUCAACUCAGAUGCUGAUUUAGGGUGGGAUAAUCUAAUGAGUGAUACCCAACUCAUUGCUCCUGUGUCAAGUGAGUAUGGUCCUAAUGAUGAGUUGAUAAGUUUAUGUAAAUUUGAUGAUGAAUGUGUUGAUAGUGGUUAUAUGUACCAGGAUUACAUUAUUUCAAGAGAUUUUGGAGAAAAAGAACUGGAAUUAGGCAUGAAAUUUGGGUCAACUGCUGAUUUUAGGUUGGCACUUAGGGAAAGUGCAUUGAAAAACAAGUUUGAUAUAAUGUUCACAAGGAAUGAUGGAGAUAGGGUAACUGCAGUGUGCAAGGCUGAAUGUGGUUGGAGGAUACAUGCCUCAUCAACCUUCUUAGCAAACAAAUAUUGUGAACAAGUGAGAUUGAACCCUAAGAUACCUUUGGGAACACUUAAGAGCACUAUUGCAUCUGAAAUGAACAUUGAUGUGUCCACACAUAAAGUUCAUAGGGUAAAAAGAAAGGCAUUAGAAAUGAUUGAGAGGAAUGAUGCUGAGCAGUAUGGUAAAAUGAGGGAUUAUUAUAGCUUAAUAUUGAGAACCAACCCUGGUAGUGUAGUUAAAAUACAAACUGAGCCCACUACUGAUGAAAAUGUUAGAAGGUUUCAAAGAGUCUUUAUUUGUUAUGCUGCAAUGAUAGCUGAUUUUAAACAAGGUUGUAGGCCACUAAUCAGUGUAGAUGGAUGUUUCCUAGAGGGUCCUUAUGGUGGUCAUCUACUAAGUGUAGUGUCCAUGGAUGGGAAUGGUCAAAUGUUUCCAGUUGCAAUUGCAGUAGUAGAGUUUGAGACAAGAGAUUCUUGGGAAUGGUUCAUGGGAGAGUUGAUUGAUGAUGUAAGGCCAUACAAUGAUAUAACCUUCAUCUUUGAUAGGCAGAAGGGUUUAGUAGAAACCUUUGAGAGCACAAUAGAGGGAUCAGAUCAUAGGUUUUGUGUGAGGCAUCUUUAUGAGAAUUUUAAGCUUAGAUUCAAAGGCCAGCAAUUGAAGAUUCAAUUAUGGGAGGCUGCAUGGGCAUACACUGAAGCAGAUUUCUAG